AGUCCCUCCUCUGAAGAAGGGAGUGUUACUUUCCCCUACAGUCAUUGAACGCAGCACUCCGCAGGUUGGGAGUCCCUCCUCUGAAGAAGGGAGUGUGAUUUUCCCCUACAGUCCUUGAACGCAGCACUCCGCAGGUUGGGAGUCCCUCCUCUGAAGAAGGGAGUGUCUCGGAGGAAAAGACCCGCUGGAAGUUUGUCAGUCGGCCAAGUGUUUGUUCAGGUCCAGAACCCUGUCAACCAGAGUUUACAGCCUCUCCAGGUGGACAGAGACACAGCAGGACAGAGGAGACAAGAGAGGGACAGGCACCGGACUCGCCGUAUUCUUCUCGGAGCUCUGCAGCGGAUUGAAACUCGACUUUUUUUUCCGCCAUGGGGGACGUUGUUUCCAGUCAUCUAGAUGAAGCCAAGCGGGAGAUUAUCUCAG